AUGGGAAGCUCACCACACGGACCUGAUGCUCGCAUUGGGCGGGAUCCCGAAAGUCCCAACAGCUCGCAACUCCUGUUGCCCGGCGACGAAGAGCUCAUCGAAUCCUUCCAGGGGGACCCCCAACGGAAGAAGUUCUACGACUUCAACUGUUAUCUCGACCAGAACGGCAACAACGUCGACAUGAUGACCCGGAUGAGAUUGAUUAUGAGAGAGUUUCCAGACCCCAAGGAGCGCACGGAAUUCAACAACUUCACUGCGUCGUGGUACGGCAGAACCGCGCUGCUGAAGCCCGAGAUCGACAGUGUCGAUGAUUUCCUGACCAAGCUCCGCAGCAUGAACUACGCUGAUCCUGCUGCUCGAGCCCACUGGCUCUGGACGAUGCAAAUGGGCUCGGCGCCUUUCGUUCGUCUUGGAGAAAGCAAGCACGGAAGCUUCUUCACCGGCUACGGCAUGAGGCGAGCUCCCGGAUUCCUUGAGCCUGGCUUCUACAACCCCGAGACCCACGACCUUCAAACCGGCGGCAACUUGCAGAGCAACAACGUACUCAAGGUCAUUCACGGCAGCCUCCUCGGCAUUGACAAGAACACCGAGAACGCCGCUCCCCAACACGGUACUCUUCCGCAGCAAGGCAUCUCGGAGCCUUUCGUCUUUGCCCAGCUUGGCAACCUUUACGCCUACAACGGCGAGAUUGAAUGGAAUGACAUGCGACACCGUCAAUACAACGAGGUUCUCAGUGGCGGUACAUGGGAUCAGACUCGCUUUGGUGUCGUGCUGCGCCUGACCUCGAUGGGCACCUCCCUCGGCGUCUAUGUCAUCUACAACUGCUGGGAGCAUGAUCCGAACACCGGAGAGGACACCCUCAUCAGGCCUGAGGACAUGGACAAGGACUUCGUCGGUCGCGUCCAUCGGCGGUGCGGUAACUCGCAGCGUUUCACCGUCGCAAAGAUUGCCGAGAACUUGAGCGACCUCGAAGACCCGCACAGAACAUUCGAUUUCCGCAUCAUUUCCACCAAGGUGCCCAUCCUCGUCAACGCCUUACAGGCGGAUCACCGUGGUGCGAACCUCGUCGGCGACUUUGACGGCGUCGGGGCCGGCAACUAA